UGAACUGUGUUAAUCCACAGGCUUGUACUGUUCUUCGUAAGAGUGAAUGCAAAUACUGAAGACUUCUCAAAAGGCAUUAUUGAGACGGACUGCAGAGAACGACACCUUGCAGUGCAAGUUCGUCUAAACUAUGCUGAAUCAGAACCCCACUUUGAGGCUGUUGAUGUUACUGGUGUCCAUCCAAUAACAAAAGAAUAUGGUCCAGAGUGUGGAUACACCUAUGAGCUUUUCAGUGAAUUUGGAAUUGCUGAGCUAAGGGCAUCUUAUUUCUCUUGCCAUACUGGAAACCAGGGUGAUGAGGAGUUCACGUUUAAUUUCAACGUGAUCAUGACUGACCAACAUGGUGAGGGGAUGUCCUAUACCCUGUCUAAGACUUGCACUUUGCCUCUGCCUUGGUCUCCUAGAGAGGUUAUCUGUGAAUUGGAUUACAUGGAGGUAAAUGUAGAUAGUGCAGCUCCCUAUCCCACCACUGGGGGCGCUGUUGAGCAUCAGCAAUGGGAUGCUGCCAUUUCUUCUGCGCACUCCCUGGCCUCCUCUGCCUGGCAGCUGAUGUUCCUGAAAGAGGGACAGAGUCCAACCCCCCUUCCCCUCAGUAAGGCCCUUGAGCUGGGCUACAGACUCGACAUCACCCCUGGGCGUGUGUUGUUCCGCACACCUUACAACAGACCCUUCUCCCUUUAUUCAGUGGUAAAUGGGGUUCCUGUUGAAGUCAUCCAUGCUGUCCUUUUCUCUAGACAGAGUUGGACUGUUGUUCUCUUUGAUCUGGUAGCUGCAUGUAGCGCAGAUGUUGGGUCCUUUAAAGAGACCAGUCUCCACUGGCAAGUUCCAGCUGUGAUGUUCCCUUUAUCCAGCCACGCUGGCUUUGAGAGCAAAAACAUCAGCAUUGGUGUCAAUGGCAGACUCUUAGAUCCACAGAUCACAGCAGAUCGAGGGUACACCCUUAACAUUGGUGAAGAAAUUGUUGACAUCGGCAUUCCCUAUGGUGCUGAAGGUGGCUAUAGACAGAGCUUUGUGCUUCACAACACGUACUGGGAGUUCUACAUAAUUCACAUGUACUAUGAGGGCUUGUUCAUGGACAACUUUCACGCUGAGAGCAGACACCGGCAUACUAAAUAUCUGAUGACUCCAUUACUGCCGCACUUCCCCUUCAGUAUAAACCAGACCAUCCUUGAGGAGAGGGCGUUCACUGUCUACGUGGGAAAUUUCCCCUCUGAUGUGGUGCUGGUAACGGUGAGCCUGAAUGGACACGAAUUCACCACGGUCGAGGCAACCCAAAGUGGCUACACCAUUGUGAAGGUUCCUCAUGCCAAUGGAACCCAUGCAUACGUCUUCAGGGUUCCUUUUGAGGCUCCCAUGGUGCAAAAAUGGUAUUUUUCAGAGGGUGUUCUGCAGUACUUACUGCAUGUUAACUUCACUCUUAACAUUGUGCUUCAAGAAGAUACCUUCUUCCAUUUGGCCUCUAUUAAAGCUAGGAUCCAUGAUGUCUAUCCCCCCUCCUUCAGUGGACAGUGCGAGGACCAUGGCAUAGUUUUCAAGCUGGACCAUGCAGAGUUUGAUCACAAGUGGGACGUUACCAUUGGUAAUCAUCUUCUCACACAGCAGUUUGCUGCGGAGCAGGGAUACCUAUUGGUCAAUGACAGCCAGAGCCUUCUCCUAGCUGUUCCCCUCUUCACCCCUGGAUAUGUUUAUGAGGAUAUAAACAUACAUCAGUUCUUUGGAACUUUUGAAAUCCUCUCCAGAGAUGCAAAGACACAGGAGAUUCAGCAGUACUCGGCCAGUCGUUGCCCCUUCCAAACAACAGAGCUCAUUGUAUGUUCCACUGGAGGGGUCGUGACUGUGGUGGCAGAUGUGAUCAAAUCCAUUCCCAAAGCGAUCCCAUUGAGGACCACCCUUUUUGACCCAACAUGCAGACCUAAAGAAACAGAUGAGUCCAUGGCUCUGUUUGAAUUCCACCUUACCGCGUGUGGAACUGAAGUCGAGGUCAAGGAUCAAUUAAUGAUCUUUAAGAAUAUCAUCAUCUUUGAGGAAGAGCAAAUCCCUAGUGACAGGCCUGUCAUAACGAGAGACACCACCUUCGAAUUGGCUGUCAGCUGUUCCUACCCAGUGGGAGAUGUAAAUAUGGACGUAAGCUUCCAAUCCAGUGCCCCAGGCUUGGGCUCUGUGGGAAAGGUCAAGAUUUUUGAGAAGGCUCUGGCGAAAACCCUAAAGCUCAUUCCACCGGAGUUGGUGACCACAGCCAGUGAUCCCAUCACACCUAGCAUAAAGGCACCUCCCACUCAGAAACUUGCACAGUUUGUGAGGGUCCUCAGCCACCCCAGUACCAAGAGGCAAAGUGGAUAGAACUAGACUACAGAAGGUACAAAUGGAAGAUUGCGUGCUCAAAUCUGUCCGUGAGGCUUCAGCCUGGGAUCUGUGGGCAGCAGUGUUCCUGUCUUUACUACAUUUCCAAUAAAAUGCAAAUGAGUCAGA